AUGGCGACCUUGGCCUUACCCUCCACAACAACCAUCUGCGUCACCGAGGACUAUUCCCUUACUAAGAAACGACACACGGAACUGCAUGACCUCCCCACACCACAAGAAGUCGAUAUUCCACUUCCUCCACCUUCUUUCCUCCCCACCGAGAUCCUUGACCUCGACAAAGGUACACCAGAUCACCAUGUACCUCGCGACCCGAGACUUCUUCGAUUGACAGGCGUCCACCCUUUCAAUGUUGAACCUCCCUUGACAGCUUUGUUCAAUGAAGGAUUCCUCACGUCACCCGAGUUAUUCUACGUUCGCAAUCAUGGUCCCGUACCACAGGUCCGGGAUCAAGAUAUCCCAGAAUGGAGCGUGCGUAUAGAAGGACUCGUUGAAAACCCCGUGAGCCUGAGCAUGCGGGAAAUUGUCGAAAACUACGAUCAGAUCACUGCGCCCGUCACCCUUGUCUGUGCUGGUAACCGACGAAAGGAGCAAAACACCGUUCGCAAAUCUAAGGGAUUUUCAUGGGGACCCUCGGGACUGUCGACGGCGUUGUUCACAGGGCCGAUGAUGGCAGAUGUCUUGCGAAGUGCCCGACCUCGUCGUGGAGCCAAAUUUGUGUGUAUGGAGGGCGCGGACAAACUGCCGAAUGGUUUCUAUGGUACCUCAGUGAAAUUGAACUGGGCCCUGGACCGGAACAAGGGCAUUAUGUUGGCGUAUAAGAUGAAUGGCGAACCGCUGACACCUGAUCAUGGACGUCCUUUACGGGUUGUGGUCCCGGGACAGAUUGGAGGUCGCAGCGUGAAAUGGUUGACCAGAUUGAUCGUGACCGAUACCCCCAGCGAUAAUUGGUAUCAUGUCAAUGACAAUCGAGUAUUACCAACAAUGGUCUCCCCUGAAAUGUCCGCCCAGCAUAAAAAGUGGUGGACGGAUGAACGAUAUGCCAUCUACGAUUUGAAUGUCAACUCGGCCACGGUGUAUCCUGAACACGAAGAACGACUGGACCUCACAACAAGUGGCGAGUUUUAUACAGCGAAAGGCUACGCCUAUGCUGGCGGGGGACGAAGAAUCACAAGAGUUGAACUUUCUCUAGAUAAAGGCAAAUCAUGGCGCUUAGCCGAGAUCAACUACGCCGAAGACCGAUACCGUGAGUACGAAGGCGAGCUCUUCGGCGGCAAAGUCGACAUGUGGCAGCGAGAAACAUGUUUCUGCUGGUCAUUCUGGUCUCUCGCUAUUCCCGUCGCAGAUCUACAAGACAGCGAUGCCCUGCUCGUCCGUGCCAUGGACGAUGCCAUGACCGUGCAACCGCGCGACAUGUACUGGUCUGUGCUUGGAAUGAUGAACAACCCGUGGUUUCGAGUCACGAUCACCAAAGAAGGUGGCAGCUUGAUCUUUGAGCACCCUACGCAUCCGACCAAAGCGGGAGGGUGGAUGGAAAAAGUGAAAAAGAGCGGCGGAGAUUUAACCAAUGGCUACUGGGGAGAGAGGCAGCAAAGUGACGAGCCUCUGGCACAAGCGCCAGUCAAGGAGAUCUGCAUGAAGAAGGACGGUGUGAGCCGGCUUAUCAGUCUUGAUGAAUUGAAGAUCAGUAGCAGCAACGGGGAACCCUGGUUCGUGGUCAAGGGCGAAGUUUACGACGGCACUGCAUUUCUGGAGGGUCAUCCGGGGGGAGCAAUUAGCAUUACAUCCUCUGCUGGUCUUGAUGUGUCAGAGGACUUUUUGGCAAUUCAUAGCGAAACAGCAAAGGCGAUGAUGCCCGACUAUCACAUCGGCACCUUGCACCCCGAUGCAAUGAAAGCCCUCAAGAACAGCACUCAACCCACACCAGGGGAGCGACGCCCGACAUUCCUUCAACCAAAUGCCUGGUCUAAGCUCAAGCUAUCAGAGAAGAAGACUGUAUCCUGGGACACGAAGACCUUUGUCUUCCAACUGGAACACGAAACGCAGACCUUAGGUCUACCCACCGGUCAGCACCUCAUGAUCAAACUGAAUGACCCCAUCAGCAACGAACCCAUUAUCAGGUCAUACACUCCCAUCUCAGAAGUUAAUUUACAAGGACGCAUGGAACUUCUUGUCAAAAUAUACAAUCCCGAUACAAACACACCCGGUGGAAAGAUGACCAUGGCCCUAGACAGACUUCCACUCGGAGCCGUGGUGGACUGCAAGGGGCCCACCGGCCGUUUCCAAUACCUGGGUAAGGGCGAGGUGCUCAUCAGCGGCAAGAAGCGUCCUGUCCAGUCCCUGAAAAUGAUCUGCGGCGGCACGGGCAUCACACCCAUCUUCCAAGUUUUGCGGGCCGUCAUGCAAGAUACGAACGAUUCUACGAAUUGCGUCGUGCUGGAUGGGAAUAGACUGGAGGAAGAUAUUCUGUGUCGGUCCGAGCUCGAAAUGUACGCGGAACAACAUGCACAAAGGUGUCGUGUCGUACACACGCUCACCCAGGGGUCAGAGAGCUGGAAAGGUCUGCGAGGCAGAAUCUCGGAGACCUUAUUACAUAAAUUUGUAGCCCCGGAGGAGCUGAGCAUGGUUUUGAUAUGUGGGCCUCCAGCAAUGGAACAGUUCGCGAAGAAAACACUCCUGGCGCAAGGCUGGGCUGAGUCUGAUCUUCACUUCUUCUGA